CACGAUCCAGUGGGAUAAGGUCGACAGGCAUACCUAUACGGAAUAAUGUCUUUGAUCGAAAACCACACGAAUCGCGACUGGACGGCGGCGGCCGUGGUGUUCGUGUUGGCCGCCGCGUGCGUUUCGCCGGCGGACAACGCGAGAAUAUUGGCGGUCGAGACAGCUUCGUGCAAGAGCCACUGGAACUUCAUGAGCGCGGUGCUCCGGGCGCUGACGGACGGCGGGCACAGCGUCACCGCGUUUACGCCGCUCCCGGACGGCGACCGGGAAAAUUACACGGAAGUGGAUACGUCCGACGUUCUGUCAAUAAUAGGCGGCGUGGACAUCAUGCGAUUGAAACUGGUGGUGAACGACCAGCGGACGGUCGUUGCGCAGACGUUGAAGUUGAUGAGAAACAAUUGCCACUGUACGUACAACGACCGCCGACUCAGCGGCCUGUUGGCCGACGGCCUGGACGGCCAUUUCGACGCGGUCGUCAUCGAACCCGGUUUGCCCGUUUGCGUGACGUACGCUACGGCGGGCACGGGCCUGCCGGUCAUAUACACGGAGCCGAUGGCGAUGCCGUUUCUCGCGGAUCGCAGAAAGGUGGGCGACGUGCCGAACCCGGCGGCCGUUUCCUCCAUACUCACCCGUCACGCCGUCCCGGCGACUUUCGCGCAACGGUUCUUCAACGCUUUGCUGUCGCUGUACGCCGAACUGUCCAUCGCCGUGCUGGACGCCGCGGCGUACGUGAUCGACCCGAAACCGUACGAUGCGUACGUUCCGGUCCCGCCGUCAAUCGUGUUCACCAACGGGCAUUACGUUAGCGACGCGGCGAGACCGAUUUCACCGAACGUUGUCAACGUGGGCGGCAUUCAUUUAAGGCCGCCCCGGAGACUGCCAGAAGUAACGAUGCCAUAGCAAUAAUGCUUUUUACAAAUUUUCGUAAAUUAUAAAUCGAUACGUUGUAUUGUUUUUACGAACCGGUAGAACGAACGUGUUACCGCGCACGUUUGAAUGAACAAUUUUCGCGUAUCACCGCGCAGAGAAAUAAUACUGCCCUGCAGACAAAUGUCUCGCAGUACGGUUUAUGUACGUGCGCUAUCCGUCUCUUCCCCCCUACCCUCCCCCAGUGCUACAAUAAUCUACAUAACCGAUUUAUUUAUUCUGUUUUUGAAAAACUGACGGACAUACUUCGCACUUCGCAUUAUGGGCGGACCGCUGUUGUAGGUGAGAAGCUGGCAAGUUCGGACAUAGAAGGGAAUCGAGUUGAUUAACUAAAUAAUUCAAACAUACACGGAUAGAUAGUCCUAUUAAAAAUUAGUAACGUAUAUCCGUACGCAACAAUUAAUGUUUGCUAACGUAAAACGUUUCUCAGCGGAGUUUGGUUGUACACGUUUUGAAAGGCCGCAGUAAUUAUGAUUUUCGUCUAAAUUUAAAACUAAAAUUUUUAUAAAAAAUUCAACAUUACACUCAAUUUUUGUUUACACAAAAUUACGGUUUAUAAUGAAACUCCUUUUCAAGAAUUUCUGUUUGGUCAAACAAUUUUAUUCACAGAGUACCUACCGAAUAAAAAUCACGUUAAAAAUCUUGCACAUUUAAAAUGGUUAUAAAUAUAUUUUAAAAAUGGCUAAAAUAUUUUGAAAAUUUUGGCAGGUCUAUAAAAAGCAAAUAUAAGUUUUCUGAACAAAUCCCAAGUCUCUGCGAAUAUUUUUAACUGAAUUACAACAAAAAACAAAAUUUAAAUUAAUACAUUUUUUUAAUUUUCUCGUUUUUUCCCAGUUAAUAAUUUCCCAAUUAUUAUGAAAAUCGCUUGGAAAAUUAAAAAUUGAUCUUCUUAAAGUAUCAUCUAGGUAAAAUUUCCUUUCAGGAAAGUGAAUACACUUCAAAAUUUAGAGAAUACUUUCUGGUAGAAAUGCUGUUUACAGAAAAAUUAAUCACCAUUAUGAAACCAUGUAUAUGAAGUUUGCUCCCUCCCCUUCACCCCAAACGAUUUAACGAAAAAUGAGGUCAAAUAAUUAAAAAUUAAUUGCAAUUAAUAGGAAAUUUUGUUAGGUUAAUUGUAAAUUACAUAGUUUUUUGGAAAAUCAUUUUUUUUUUUUUGGGGAGGCGCAACUUUACUUAGCCCUCUCCCACUUGGCUUAUCAGCGUUGAAAUAUAUUUUGACACAGUAAUCAUUAUGUAUAAUAUUAUACAAAUAAAUUUUCACACCUUCUAAUUUUGUGUACAUUAUUUUAGUUAAAAAAACAAACUUUGCUACCAUUAGGCACAUGCGCAUUUUUUCAGUUGACAUUUUUUUGCAUGAGUUUUGCGAAGUUUUGUAUUCCGCUGAAAUCGAAAAAAAAAAUUAAUUCGAAAUAUUCUCUUGAACCCUCAAAAAGCUCGUCAAGGUGAUCAUCUUUUAUAUUCACGACAAAAUCGCCAAGAACGAAAAACAUAUUUUUUUUCAAAGUACCGGUAAAAUCAAAUCGAAGAAGUUUGUAGAAAAUCUACAAAAACAAACGUGCUCAAAUGAAGUUAUAGAAACAUAUGAUAAUUACUAUGCUAAUGCUCUUCAAUGUUCGGUUUACGUGUUACACCAUCAGUCUCGAUACUUUUUAAUUAGCCCUCGUAAUUUCAAAUUAUUAUUGUUUACCGUGAAAACAAAAUAACUAUACAGUUACACGAACGAUUUAUAAUAGCAUUUUAAGCUAUUUGGAAUUUAUAUAAACUCAAGUACUUCACCGUGAAUGAUUAUUGUAACAAUUCAUUAAAUUUAUUUGACGUAUUUACUGAUUACAGGAUAUAUUGGAAUUCAUUGAAAAUUCACCACACGGAGUCAUUUUGUUCACAUUUGGUUCAAUCGUUUCAAUAUCAUCAAUGCCCAAUAAUACUAGGGCUGUCUUUUUAGAAGUAUUGGCUCAACUCCCACAGAGGACGUUGUUGAAAUAUGAAGGUGAAAUGCUGAUUGAUAAACCGGAUAAUGUUAUGAUAAGGAAAUGGUUACCUCAACGGGAUAUACUCGGUGAGGUCAUCACAAUGUUAAAAACACAACGGUUUAUGAAAGUUAUUGAUCAUAAAAUUUGAUAUAUUACUAUUAAUAAUAUAAUGUGCAUUAAUAUUAUGAUCUUUGAGUACUGAUCAUUUUGUGUAUCGUAAUAAAAUAAAAUAAUUUUAUCGGUUGAUAUUAAUUUAAAGUGCAUCCAAAUGUCAAGCUGUUCGUCAGUCACGGGGGAAUCUCCGGGGUGUACGAAGCGGUGGACGCCGGGGUUCCCGUUCUAGGGUUUCCGGUUUUUAGCGAUCAGUACCGGAACAUAGACAAUUUGGUCAAAGCCGGGAUGGCGAUCUCAAUGGAAUUAUUGUCCGUGUCCAAAGACACGUUUUUCACAAACGUCGUAGAGCUCAUUAACAACGAAAAGUAAAUCGAUUGUUCGUGUCAUUUAAUCUUGACGUUUAAUUUAAUAUCCUUCGUUUUAGAUACAAGAAAAACGCCGAGAUCGCGUUGAGUAUAUUCAAAGACCGUCCGAUGUCACCGCAACAGUCGGUAGUGUACUGGACCGAAUACGUGAUUCGUCAUAAAGGAGCGCCGCAUUUGAAAUCGCACGCGCUCAAUUUGUCGUGGUAUCAAUACUUCUUGUUGGACGUGAUUGCAGUCGUGUUGAUUUUAAUUUCGAUCGUAUCUUACGUAAUUUAUAGAGUAUUCAAAUUGUUGUAUCAAUAUUCGUUUAAACGUUAUUUCAGCGUUAUUAAAGAAAAUCGGUCACAUAGGUUAAAAAACGACUAAUUGAUAAGUCAUAGGAAGUAAUUAAUAGUUA